AAAAAUCAUUUUUUACAAUCCAGACAGAGCCUAAAUGUUCCCUUCGACUGGACGAGUUGCUGGCGUAUCUCCUUACAUGGGACCCUUCCCUCAUUAUCAUCCUUAAUCAAUCAUGGUUUAUUUUAAUCAAAAACAAUUAGCAGAAAGAAAACUCCAUCAGGAUUUAGAUUUCCCACCCAAUCCUGUUCCUCCAUCCUUCGCCUGCUGCGGCCGAUGCACCGAAUCAAAACCAUAACGGCUCAAAUUGGAGGACGACUUUACCAAAACACCCUUUCAUGCUGUAUCAGUCAAGCCUCUUCUCAAUUGUUUCCCCUAUUUAUAAGUCUCUCUCUUUCUUCUCACAGAGGACACAAAGGCGAGAGAGAGAGAGAGAGAGAGAGAGAGAGAGAGAGAGAGAUAGAGUUAGGUUUUCGAUCUGUGAUGGCGGCGCAAAGAGAUGUAGAGCCAACAAUAUUCGAAGAAACGACGUCGAAUUCCCUUCUACAAAACACUCGUUGCUGCUUCUGUUUUCCUUGCUUCAGCUCCCGUCGCAAGCCUUCCGUCGGAUUAGCCUUCUGGGAACAGAUACGUACGGGCCAGGUGUUAUCCAAAACCAGCUUGUGGGCCCGAAGUGUUAGAGCCUUCCAGAAGGUCCGUAAAUGGUCCGAGCUCGUUGCUGGUCCCCGGUGGAAGACAUUUAUCAGAAGAUUCAACCGAAAUAAAAGCGGAAGCGGCGUCGUCUCUUGUAAUAGGCAUGGUAAAUUUCAUUACGAUCCAUUGAGUUAUGCUUUAAAUUUCGAUGAAGGCCCGGGGCAGAACGGUAACUUCGAAGACGAUGUUGAGUAUGGUGGCUUUCGGGCUUUCUCGACCCGGUACGCUUCGGUUUCCGGUUCGGAGAAAACGGCCUUGGCUUCGAAGACGACUUCGGAGGUUCAGAAGGAUGUGGCGGUUUUCGCGUGAAAAAAAGGAGUUCCGUGAUCCGUGAGCUUGACUUGGAGUGGCGGUGAUAGUGGCGGACGAAGAAGAUGAGAAUGAAGCGGGUGGUGGGAUUUUUUUUAUGAUUUUGUAUUAUUCUUUUUGGGAUUUCUUGUACUAUAUUAUAUAUAAAAUCAGGUUAAUGAUGUGUACAUAUUGAUUGAUUUAGUGGAAUAACAACAAUAAUAAUGCGAAUAAAGUUUUCUUUGA